UGCGCAUGCGCAGCGGGACUCCGGGCCAGCUCUGGCGCCUCCGGGGCCAUCGUUCUGUGGCCUGCAAUGGCGGGGUCGGUCCCAUUUGCGGGUUUGCUGGGGUUGCUACUUGUGUCUGCACUGCCCGGGGUCCUCGGAGACCGCCCCAGCCCCGACCUCCGGGCACACUCAGCAGGGGACAAUGCCCAGGUCGGCCCUGAGGCCACAGAACCCCGGCGACGGUCGCCGCCCAAGGACCAACGAGAGCGGGCCCGGGCGGGAGCUCUGCCUUUGGGGGCGCUGUACACCGCAGCUGUCGUGGCUUUUGUGCUGUACAAGUGUUUGCAGGGGAAAGAGGAGGCUGCAGUUCUCCAGGAGGAGGAAGGCAAGAAGGAAUCAUCACAGUCAGAGCAACAGCUGGCCCAGUUGACACAACAGCUAGCCCAGACAGAGCAACACCUGAACAAUCUGAUGGCCCAGCUGGACCCCCUUUUUGAGCGUGUGACUACCCUGGCUGGAGCCCAGCAAGAGCUUCUGAAUAUGAAGCUUCAGACCAUCCACCAGCUGUUACAAGACAGCAAGCCAAACAAGGGUGUGGACGUUCCAGAACCAGGAAUAUCCCUGAUCUUUCCCCUCACAGAGGCCAGCCUACCCUUUCCUGAGGACUUAUGUAUAGAGGAAGAGGAGGCGGAGGCUGGUGACAGUCAGGCCUGGGAGGAGCCCCUACACUGGAGCACUGAGACGAGAAACCUAGCUACUCCUUGGGAAGUGGAGCAGGGGCUAAGGAGAAGAUGCAGCAAGGCUGUGGGAAGGGCUGCAGUCACAGCCCCUGCCGGCAAGGAGAAAUGACAGCUAAAGGUUUAGUAAAACAAAGUCUGUGCUUGUGACUGGA